AUGCCUAGAGACGAUCUAUCCAUCGAUUUCGUGCGCAAAAUGCCACCAGUCGAGCAGCUUGACCCGGCACUGGUCCUGGAUGAGUUUAUCAACCGGGCUCAGAAUCUUCCCGAGGAAGUUCGCUUUAUGCAGGAGGAGCUUCGAGAUAAGGAACUGCGGUAUACGGCACUCAACAAGGAAAAGGACGAGCUGGAUGAACGGUUACAGAAAUGGAUCAAGGCACAUGGCAGCCACCAGCCCAACCCGAAGGAGGCAGAAAUCCGCGCAAAGGCAAUAAAGAACUAUGACUUGCUUCAACAACUAUCCGACGAAAAGCUUGCCCUCAGCGCCAAAGUACUACAGGCUAUAGAGAAACACACCCGCCAUCUCGACAUACAAAUCAAGAUGUUGUAUGACCGGAACGAGCCAGGAUUUGCCGACCCGGAUGAGCUGCCGUCUCUAAUCCGCCCAAGCGCUGCCAAUAUCACAAACAGUCCCAUUGUUCGCCCCCCAAGCGGCACCAACGGGUCUUCUCUCAGUCACCUCGCAAACAGUGUAUCACAAUCUUCCAUGCGUGGUUCCAACUCUCAGGUUCGAAAUACCCAGGCUCAACAUCAUGGCUCGGCCUCGGCCCCCGCAACCCCAGCAGCAAGCAUGAUCAUGAAUCGGCAAGCCCGCGAAGGGUCCGCCGGUCCUCCCAAACGUGGCCCCCGUCUCAACACAAGCCUCUCCAACCUCCCAACCACAUCCUCCGGCCUGGCCCGCCAUUCCUCCCUCGGCCCCGGCACCCCAAAGGGCCACACAACCGCAGCAGGAAACCAACGAGCCGGCAGCGCCGGCCCCAGAGCCUCAUCUAAGGCAUCAGGCUCUGGAGUCGCCAACCGCAAAGCCGGCACCCCCUCCAGCAGCUCGGGUCGCAUCUCUGCCUCCCACAAAAAAGGCUCCUCCCUCGGUGGGAACGACCCCCGAAGCGGAACAGCCAACAAAUCCGGCCUCUCCCGCGUCAAGCGCGCAGCAAAGAACUCUCCCUCCUCCACAGCGGAAAGUGAACUCUCAGACGCGGAAUCGGCCGUCAGCGGCGAGGAAAGUGAUGCUGCCCCAUCAAGAAACAGCACCGGCAACAACGCAAGGGGAACCCCCUCUUUACCUCGUCAAAACUCGGGAAGCCACCAGUCUCUGGGUAAUCAGCCCACGAGCAGCUCCACGAAGAACUCGCCUCACGCGGCUCACGUCCACAAGGCUGGCGGCGGACGGCAUCCCCGAGAACGAGGUCCGAGACGCGUGGCUCGCCAUGUCGUUGCAUACGUCUCCCGGGAUCGCAGAGCGGCUGGGACGGACGGUCCUACUCCUUAG